UUCCAUGUACAAAGUAAAGCAGGAGACGUUCUUGGAUGACUUUGAAGAGCCGAAAAAAAUAGAAGUUGAACCGCAAUAAAUUUUUAGUUCAUAAAUUCCCUGCUUCUUUUCGUACUAACUCUCUCGAAAAAUCCACAAAAAAAUGGCAACACGAUAUAUCAAGUCUUCAGGAGCUCGUUUGCCUCCGUUGCCAACAUUACGGGAUCUCGUGAAACUCUACAAACUCACCGCGAUUAAGCAACUUUCGCAGAAUUUCCUCAUGGAUGAGCGACUUACGGAUAAAAUUGUUCGUGCGGCGGGGCAUAUUCAGGAUCAUCACGUGUUGGAAGUUGGUCCGGGACCCGGAGGAAUAACACGUUCCAUAUUGCGUCAAUGCCCGAAACAGCUGAUUGUCGUUGAAAAAGAUCGACGUUUUAUGCCGACGAUGGAAUUACUCGCUGAAGCUUGUAAACAAACGACCGACAUGAAAAUCGUUCGCGGUGACAUUUUGAAGUACGACAUGGAAAAUUGCUUCGAGGGAUGCGAACGAACAGAUUGGCAUGGACCUCGAGCGCCCGUUCAUCUCAUCGGAAACUUGCCUUUUGCGAUUUCGACGCGUUUGCUGAUCAACUGGCUCAAGGACAUCUCGUUGAAACGCGGGGCAUGGGCUUACGGAAGAACAUCUCUCACACUGACGUUCCAAAAAGAAGUCGCCGAUCGCAUUGUUGCUCCAAUUUUAUCGAAAGAACGAUGUCGCUUAUCCAUAAUGAGUCAACUUUGGACGAAGCCACAACUGAGAUUCACCAUUCCGGGCACAGCUUUUGUCCCGAAACCCGAAGUUGAUGUUGGCGUCGUGACUUUUGUGCCGCAUCGCGAUCCCAUGACGGACUUGGACUUUGAUUUGGUCGAAAAAAUGGCGCGAUAUUUGUUCUCGAUGCGACAAAAGUACUGUCGACGCGGCAUUCAAAAUCUUUUUUCGCCGGAUAUCAGAGAGGAAUAUACCGCGAAAAUAUUUCAGUUGGCAGAUAUUGAUCCGCAAUUAAGAUCUUUUCAAAUUUCGAAUGAGGAAUUUCUUCGACUUUGCAUCGUUUAUAACGACAUGCUGAAGGAAAAUCCAGAUAUUGCGAAAUAUGACUAUCGAGGCCCGCGGAUUUCGCGAGAUUUGUGUUGGCAAGGGCAAACGGAAGAAAAUAUUGAAGAAAUUGUGGAAAAGAGUUAGUAUUAAUGGGAAAUGGGAAUUUUAGUUUAAAAAAAUGAUUACAUUUGUUGUAAAUUAGUAGUUCACAGUCAUUAAUUAAUAAAUGAAUAAAAAAAAUUAAAAGCUUUAAAAAAUUGUUUUUUU